AUGGAGAAGAUGAAGGUGGAAGUGGAAACUCAACACUCUCACCAGCAGCGAGUGGGAGGACCAUAUGGAUCCAGGCAUAGGCACGAGGAGAGGAGGAAACCCUAUACUAGGCCCCAUUCCCAACCUCAGGGGUCUAGGGAGUCUUCUUCCCAUCAGGGCAAGAUUCAGUGCUACCAGUGUGGGGGACCGCACAAGAGGAAUUUUUGCCUCCAGCUUGCAGGCUUUAAGAGGUGCAACAAUUGUGGCAAGGAAGGUCACUUUGGCAGAGAUUUCCCCACCCUCACGAGGACAGCGACACGUCCCCCAGUUCCAACCCCAACUCAGAACCAACAGAGGAAGGGAGGCAACAGGCCUCAGGCAUCGGACAGAGUAUACGCCAUGACUGGAGCAGAGGCAGCGAGUUCAGGUAACCUUGUUAUAGGUCAUUAUUUGAUAGUUGGGAGGACUUGUUGUGUGCUAUAUGACUCUGGAGCGACACACUCAUUUGUGUCAGAUGCAUGUGUGAAAAAGUUGAGUCUGCUGGUGUGUAAGCUGUAG